AUGGUUGAGAAAAAGGAAAAAAUAGGGGUACAAAUAUUUCACCUACAACGUGCCCCUGACUUUCACCUACGGCGAUUCUCUGACUUAACCAAGAAGAGUCUAACUGAGAGGACUCACCUCAGAAACAAACUCAGCAUUAUUCUUCCUUUGAUUAUUUUCUUCAUUGCUGGUUUCGUUCUUGGGCUGGUUGUCUUAAAGCCUGAUUCUCUGUGUCCCAACUUUCUUUGGAUCUAUUGUAGAGAGGAUAAGAAUAAAGACAGGUGCGCUAGCAGUUCAUUCAGCUGCACGAGUUCGUGUCACGUGUGCGGUAAGAAAGAUUGUGGCAGGCACAGAUCUGAGCUGAACAUACUAACACUGCAACCAUGGAUAGAUGUGAAUAUUCCUGAAAAUGUUAAUGAGGCUCUGGAGGAGACGUCAUUAAAAAUUACACAUUACAUUGUUGCUGGUUAUUGGUUAACGUUCUCCAUAAUACAUCUUGUAGUUAGGGACCUGAGUGAGGACGAGGCGUUGAUUGAUGAAAUAAAAGUCACACUGAGGUUCGCAACGUCAACUGUCCUCAGGAGGUUGAGAAAGGUUGAUUUGGCGAGCUUCAUCUCAGGGAAGGUACUCAAGUUGUCCAUGAAGCAUCUGCAUUGUUGCCUGAAAGUCCUCAGAAGAGUUAUCUUCCACAUCACCAUCGUCAUCAUCGUUACUUUCCUCGUUUCAUGA